GCGAACAGCGCUCUAAACAUAUCGUCUGUCCUAACGUCGGGUCACACGACAGCCGCCAUCACUUGCAAUGGACUGACUGCUCACACAAAUGACGUGUCAUUUAUCGCACACCAAUCCAAUCGCGUGUCGAUCACUAACAUAACGGUUGGUCACUACCAAGCGGUCAACACCUUUACCUAUGGUGACAGGACAAUUCACGAAAGUGGCGUAGUUUAUGGAGGUCCAUGCGAUUCGUCGCUAUUUUGGGGAAUGUCCAUAUUUGAGCAUGGUCAACCCAAUGCCUGCAACGGCACUAAUGGCGUCAUUACAAGCACUGCCAUCUAUAGAAUAUGGACUUUAGCUGGCAGUUGUAACUCGAUGUGCCUGGUCAAUUCGCCUGCUAAUCUGGGCUACUCAGCAUAUACUCUGAGUCCUCCCGUAAACAAUAAUGGAUUAGUCAAUAUGACCACAAAA